UGAAUGUUUGUGAGGGGAAGAGGAGGAGUGAGCGGGGACAGCCUGAAGUAGACUCAAAUUAUCGCAUUUAUUUCACCGCUGCAACAUUUAACCAGCUGAGUUAUCGCGUGUUUUUGUCACCCUCUUUAUUGUUUUCCAACACGAGCGUCGACACUUGUAUGAUAAGUGUGCGUAAAAGUUACAUUGUCGUCAUAUCAAGCGACAUUUCCCGCAUGAUGUUGACAGGAGACGCACCAACAGAAACAGUCUUGGCUGGUUUUUAUUGAAAUACUGUCGGACAAGCUGCUGAAGUUUCAGGUCACCUGAGGCAGAUAUCUCACUUCCUCAUCGGGACUUCAUGUGUUUUUUGCACUUCGACAUCAAACUGUCUGCUAUUUAUUUCGUGAAUGGAGGAUUUGUCUGCUUCCUGCAGUAACUGAAUCGAUCACCUGUUGUUGACUCAAACUUCUCGCUUUUUUUGCCUGCAAACAGGCAGUUGCUUCAGUGAGCUGUGCUGCUUCACCAGAGUCCAGCUGUUGUCCCGGAGGCAGAGGUACUGAAUGUGUGUGCGUGUUUACCAGCUCUAAUGGUAGCAGCUAGAAGACAUAAGCUGUGAGAGGAUUGAACCGCCUCACCAUGACAGAGGCCCAGGCUCCAUGGCCACAGGGCACAGAGUGUGUGGCCAGGUACAACUUUAAAGGCACAUCAGAGCAGGACCUGCCCUUCGACAAAGGAGAUGUGUUGUCUAUUAUUAUUGUCACAAAGGAUCCAAACUGGUACAAAGCCAAAAACUCUGCAGGUCGCGAGGGGACAAUUCCAGCCAACUAUGUUCAGAAAAGGGAAGGUGUGAAAUUUGGUGGCAAGCUGAGUCUAAUGCCAUGGUUUCAUGGGAAGAUAACGCGGGACCAGGCCGAGCAGUUGCUUCACCCUCAUGAAACCGGCCUGUUCUUGGUGCGAGAGAGCACCAACUUCCCCGGCGACUACACUCUGUGUGUGAGCUGCGAAAGCAAGGUGGAGCACUACCGCAUCAUCUACUCCAGCGGCAAACUCACCAUCGAUGACGAGGGGUUCUUUGAAAACCUCAUGCAGCUGGUUGAGCACUACACCAAAGAUGCCGAUGGCCUGUGCACCAAACUAAUAAAACCAAAGGUGGAGGAGGGGUCGGUGGCCGCUCAGGAUGAGUUUUCCAGGAGUGGCUGGUCGAUGAACAGAAAAGACCUCAAGCUGCAGCAGGUCAUUGGAAAAGGAGAGUUUGGAGAUGUCAUGGUGGGAGACUACAGAGGGACUAAAGUAGCUGUGAAGUGCAUAAAACAUGAUGCUACAGCACAGGCCUUUAUUGCAGAGGCUUCUGUCAUGACGCAACUACGGCACGAUAACCUGGUGCAGCUGCUCGGAGUGAUUGUAGAGGAGAAAGGGAGUCUGUAUAUAGUUACUGAGUACAUGGCCAAGGGCUGUUUGGUUGACUACUUACGUUCCAGAGGCCGGACGGUACUUGGUGGAGAUGCUCUCCUUAAUUUUGCACUAGACGUCUGUGAAGCCAUGGAGUACCUGGAAGUCAAUAACUUUGUCCACCGAGACUUAGCAGCCCGCAACGUUCUUGUGUCGGAAGACAACUUGGCCAAAGUCAGUGACUUCGGCCUGACCAAAGAGGCCUCUUCCACUCAGGACACUGCUAAGCUGCCUGUGAAAUGGACAUCGCCGGAGGCCCUCAGAGAAAAGAAAUUUUCCACCAAAUCAGACGUUUGGAGCUACGGUAUUUUGCUUUGGGAGAUUUACUCUUUUGGCCGAGUGCCUUACCCGAGAAUUCCAUUAAAAGAUGUUGUGCCUCGAGUGGAGAAGGGAUACAAAAUGGACUGUCCAGAGGGCUGUCCUGAAGUGGUGUAUAACAUCAUGAAACAGUGCUGGAACCUGGAUCCUGCUGCUCGACCAAGCUUUCAAAUGUUGAAGGAGUGGCUACAACAUAUCAACCAAGGGAUGAAAAAACACUGAGACAGAACAGACCCAAAGAGUGACUUUCCGCCUCCUUCAUUUUGACCACUUGGACCAUAACCUAGGAGGGAAAAAAUAGAUUUCAAAGGACUGUUUUAUUUUGCAAAGUUCACGACAAAGUUUGCAUUCACCCAUCGUCCAUGAACCGUUAAUUAAAACUGUCAACGUUUAUGUUUCUUAGCGUCAUUCUCACCUCAGGUUGUUGCAGUAAUUCGUAAUUACUGGCUCAGUCGCUCUAGUGAGUCUUUCCUGCGCUCGGUUAUCAAGAGUGAAUGAUUAACUGUCAUAUCGACGAGUCUUUCUUUAGAACACAGUGCUGCCUCAGAGCCACAGUGCCAUGACCUGUUUUUUUAAAUAUGUUUUAUGUCCUUUAUGUUGAUAUCCUUGGUCAUAUUGGUGGCAUCAUUACAUUUUAUGAACAGGUAGAGUAAACCGUAAUUAAAUUUGAGUUGACUGAAUCCAUGAUAUCCGUUUAAAGAGGAAAGACGCUUCAAAAGUAGGAACAGUCUUGAUACAUCAUUACUUGCUGUAUUAUUUUUUUUAUAGUUUCCAGGUACACUUUUUUGCAUGAAUGUUGGAUUAUUUUGUUAAAUGGACUUAAGUUAAUAUAACUAUAAUUAUGCAGCUCUAUUUUUUCAUUGCUAUCUAAUUUUAAAUGUGUUUGGAUCCCUAUAAGUCAAAUAAAGAAGCACAAGUUUGGACAAAUGUCACCUUUACUACUGAUAUAAUAACACCAUUCAGCUCAGUCAUGUAGAGAUCAUUUCCAUGUACAGAAUUUUCCAUUCGACAUUGAUAAAUGUUUUAUUUUGGGAAUCUUUGGAUUUGACCAAAUUUUCUGGAUUUUGUAUGUAAUGAGAAAAGGAGAAUGUUAAUAAAUGUACUGUGCUGCCAUUUUUUCAAAAAUAAAAAAAUAUUACAUUUUGAAAA